AUGUCGUUUCAUGCUCUUUGGAAGACGGUGUCGUUCAACAGGCCAGAGAAAGACGGUUGUGACACAGAUGACGGGCGAAAGAAGCUUGGCAGACCGAUCUACAAGAUCGCAUCUCCGCAAUUCAACAACCAUGGGGCCACCCGCUACAGCGAAUACCUUGCGACAGUGACGUUUAUGUGUGCCUUCUAUGGUGUCCUUGCACUCACGUCACUAGUUACUGCUGAGACAACCAUUCGUGACCUUCUACUGCAGCAUUCUUUCGGCAUUGAUUCGAGCGGUCAAGUCAUUGCUCUCGUCACUGCCGCUGUAGCGGUCCUUGGCGCAGGCUAG